AUGUUGGAGGAGGCACAACGGCAACAAAGAUUGAUGCCUAACCUCGCAGCCCUACAUGCACAGAUCUUGAAAUGGGAAGUCUCAGCAACCGGUAAUCGGCCGCCAGAUGGGAAGGAGUAUGCGAUAGUCCCAUCGACGUUUGAUUCUGUAAACGACUAUGUUAAAGCGUUUGAGCCACUGCUUGUACUAGAAUGCUGGCAGCAGCUCAUGAGUGCACGUGAGGAAGUCAACCAAUCGUCUGACUCAGUUAUGGCUUCGUUUGUCAAUCGUGUGUCAGUCGACAACUUUCAAGAUACGCAUAUGAAGAUCCCACUGGACAAAGCGAGCAGCCUUAUGGUAGAAGAUAUCGUUGUGAUAGCGGACCCCAAUAUCAAAGAUGUGUUUACUGCAAUAGGAAAUGUCAAACGCCCAAAACCGUUCUUCGCCAAGGUCCAAGCCAUUACAAAAGCCAAGGGUGCAUGCGAAGUAAUCUUCCGGACGUGCUUAAAAAUUGAGGAAACGAGUCCUCUGAUGUUUAUGAGACCACAGACAACAUGGUCCGUAUUAAAGAUGCUCAACCUGACUCCGACUCACCGCGAGUACUCUGCUCUAGCGGGCUUGAGAUACUAUGAAUUGUGCGACGAUAUACUUAGACCACCCAAUGCUUCGUCUGAUAAACCUUCUAUAAAUAACGUACAAAAAGUUAUGGAUACUUACAAAGUUAACACACCUCAAGCGCAAGCUAUUGUAGCAGCUAUUGAAAAGCCCAAAGGGUUCACAUUGAUCCAAGGUCCACCAGGAACCGGAAAAACCAAGACGAUCCUUGGUUUAGUGGGGGCGCUUUUGGUAGGUGGUUCUCGAUCUCGGGCCACUCCAGUCGUACAUCCUUCGCGGUCGUCGGAACGAUCCCUACAAACAGGAACUGUCAAUAAAAUCCUGGUCUGUGCUCCUUCGAAUGCUGCUAUUGACGAAAUCGUGAAGCGACUUAUGGGAGGCAUUCGGAACACUGUUGGGGGAACUUUCGUGCCUAAAGUUGUCCGCGUUGGUACUCUUGAAACAAUCAAUAUGGAAGUUAAAGACGUGGCGCUAGAUACACUGAUUGCAAAAGAAUUAGAGGCAUCUAGUGAAUCCAAAGAAGAGUUCCAGUCAGCAGCACAAUCUAUGACUGCAAUGCGUGAAAAAAUGCGACAGCUUCAGGAUGAGCUCGAAAAAGCUCGUUUAGAACUUGUCCAAGCGAAGGAUGCGGAUGAUAAUAUAGCCAUCGCAAAUGCGCAAUCAAAGAUCAAGUCUGUCAACAAAUCGAAAUGGCAGCUAGGUCAGGACCUCGAUAAUGCGCGGUCAAAGCAGGCAGAUGCUACGCAAAAGAAGGAUCAAGCACGAAAGAAUGCACGCAACAAAAUCUUGGGUGAGGCUGAUGUAAUUUGCUCUACUUUAAGUGCCAGUGGCCAUGAGCUACUGACUUCUUCCACUUUUACGUUUGAGACGGUCAUCAUCGACGAGGCUGCUCAAUCAGUUGAAAUCAGUUCACUUAUUCCAUUAAAGUAUGGAUGCAAACGGUGUAUUUUAGUUGGAGAUCCCAACCAACUUCCGCCUACGGUAAUAUCGCAGCUGGCUACCAAAUAUGCAUACAAUCAGAGUCUCUUCGUUCGUAUUCAGAGCCUUGCUCCGAGUUCAGUCCACUUGCUGAGCAUUCAAUACCGAAUGCACCCCGAUAUUAGUGCAUUUCCUUCACGGGAGUUCUACAAAGCAUUAUUGAAAGAUGGGCCGGGUAUGGCAGAAAAAACAAGGGCGGAAUGGCAUCGCAAUCCGCUUACACCACCAUAUCGCUUUUUUGACGUUUAUCAGGGACAGGAACAAAUUGGUUUGUCUCACUCACAGCAUAACCCUAUUGAGGCUGAGGCAGCAGCAGCUCUUCUUGAAGGGCUCUGUAACAGCAAUCCAACUCUGAAUUUCUUUAGGCGAGUUGGAGUGAUCUCACCUUACAAGCAGCAGGUGCGCAUGUUAAAAGAUUGCUUCCAGAGGACCUUUGAUAAGCAAAUCCUGGAAGCAGUUGAUUUCAACACUGUGGAUGGAUUUCAAGGCCAAGAGAAGGAUAUCAUCAUUUUCUCAUGCGUUCGAGCCUCAACGCGUGGAACAGUGGGUUUCUUGGCUGAUAUCAGACGUAUGAACGUUGCUCUAACUCGUGCGCGUCAAUCGCUCUUUAUCCUGGGACAUGCAGAAACACUUCGCAGGGAGAAUAUUUGGGGAGACUUGGUGAAGGAUGCUGAAGAACGAGGACUUUUUACUAAGGUAACAUGCCUUACUCUAGUUGUUAAAGCGUCAUAA